UUCAUGAAAGUAAACAUGGAAAAGGAAUCUCCAGAAAAAGCAAAGAAAAGGAAAAUCGACGAGGACGGCAAUGGAGACAAAGCUAGAGAAGAAAGUCAAUCAUUUGAUGGAUUCAAAGUAAAAGCUGUCAUUAAUGAAAAUGCGAGACAAAAAUACCUAUUUCUUCAUUGUACGAAAAAUGAUGAAGAUGCUGUUGUGCUGUUGGAGAAAACACCUUUUGAUUCAUCUAUGACAGAUAAAAUUUUGUCAGACAACACUAAAAUCAGACAGACUUUACAAAAUGAUAUUUACUACACUUACUCAGCUCUUCUGCCUGAAAACCUCAAUGGUGUGAAAGCUGCAGUGAUCUGUCCUGCCUCAGAAAAACAUAUCAAAAAGUAUACGGAACAAGAGUCAUUUGUAAUACAAGAAACAGCAGAGUUGUAUACCAAAGUCACUUUACCAUACUUAGAGAAACAUUCAUUUAGUACCCAGUGGGUGUACAAUAUCCUAGAAAAGAAAAAAGAAGCAGACAGAAUUGUGUUUGAAAAUGCAGAUCCAGAUACAGGGUUUAUUCUAUUACCAGACAUGAAAUGGGAUGGCAAGGACUUAAAUAGCCUAUAUCUACAAGCCAUUGUACAUAAGCAUGGACUCAAGUCAGUCAGGGAUCUGAACAAAUCCCAUUUACCUUUGCUAAACAACAUAUUGGAGGAAGGUGCAGAUGUGAUCAACCAAGAAUAUGGUAUACCAAAGUCCAAACUUCGGAUAUACAUCCAUUACCAACCUUCAUAUUAUCAUUUACAUGUUCAUUUUAAUCAUAUCAACUUAGAAUCUCCUGGCUUUGACGCUGACAGAGCUCAUUUAUUGGUGGAUGUUAUUGAAAAUAUUGAAAUGAAUGACAGUUACUACCAGGAUAAAACCCUAGUUUAUCGAGUGAGAGAACAAGAUGAACUCUAUAAACUUUAUCAAGAUGAAGGAUACUUUGUUGAUUUUCCGAUAAAUACAAGCGUAUCAUCAAAUUCAUCUUUGACUGCAGCAUCAUAAAUAGAUGUAAAUCUUGUCUUCAUUCUUUGUAUGAAUAUUAUUGUUUUAAAUGACAGUGUAGUACACUGUAUAUUCAUUUCAUUUCAAAACAAACAUUUUUAUUUCUCAGGAAAAAAAGAGAUGUAGAAGUUUAUUUGAACUUUCAAUCUAAAGGCAGUUAUUUAUCAUUAUUUAUUGUAAAUUUAUUCAUGCAUUUAUAAUUUACAUCCAUGAUGCCUACUAGUAGUAGAAUUGCAAAACUAAUGGGAUUUAGUAUUGCAAGCUGAACUUGCCAUUAUGAUUAUACAAAAAUUGAAAGAACAUAUUUUUGCAAUGAAUAUCCUUUCUUCAUUUGUGCAUUUAUAAAAUCAAAACAGUUCUGUAUUUUUUUAACUUUGCAAUAUUAAACAUUUUGAAGAC